AUGCUUCGUGUGACAGCUCUUCUAGUUAUUCUUCUGGCUAUUUGGACUUCUUUCAAUUGUGUUAUGUCAGAAGAGACUACAAUUGUUGGUUAUGGUCGUCACACUAUGUUUGACAACAAAAUCACGCAAAUUGGCACAGCACGACGUAUUGCAAAUAGCAACGAAGACCUAGAAGAUUACAAAGGAACGGAGAAUGCUUGCGAUGUAAAGUUUGAUGAUAAUGGGGAUAUCAUUCUAAAUUACAACUCCGUUCGUGAGACUGGGUGUGCCAUCGAUUUUUUACAACAAUAUUUCACUUAUAAGUUCGAAUUCAACGCGACUUUGAGUAAUGACAACAAAGAGAUUAAAGAGUGUCUUCAGGCAAUGCCCGAUGGAUUUAAUGCCAAUUUGGUUCCUUUUGCAUACAGCAUUGGCUUUGAACGGUUUGAAAAGUUAAAAGAAGGACCCUACGAGGGGGAUAUUUCUUGUGAUAAGAAGGAUGGGUGCCGCGAACGUGGUGGAGAAUGCUUGAAACCUGGUGGAUUAGAGUUUGGUUGGGCAUAUAAUGGAGAUAAAGUUCAUGUUGGCAUGCAACCAGUAGGUGAGCCAGUUGUUUGUGAAUGUCCUCUCAAGAAAGAUCGUGUGAACAAUUUAAAGUCUGAAAUUAAUGUCCGUGUUGAUGAUGGCCUUUAUUGGUUCAAAAUAGAGAAGAUUGAAAGAAAUUGUUACUUGUCUACCUCGAGAUGCGAUUUUGUAUGUUUACAUCGAUAUGAUGAAAUAAUAGACGAAGAAGGAUUAAUUGAACCGAUAACUUGGAAAAUUGAAGAUAAAAGUCGUGGAGGUUCUCGCUACGAUAGAUUGUUUGCUUUCUACCUUCUCCCUCAAAGAGCUUCUUGCCAGCGUGAUGGAAAUAAUAUUAAAAGGAAUUCGGCCCUGGAUGGACCCAAUUGCAAAAUUGAAAUUAAAUUUAGUGGACAAGAAUACAGACUUUUAAUAAACGAGAAAGAGGAAACAACUGAGACAACAAUUGGAAUAACGACAACUGAAGAACCAACAACAGAGGAAACAACAGAGGAACCUGUCGAAGAAACUUGGAACUAUUUAAGACCCAAACCUUCACGAUCUUCAGGGUCGGAUGAAUUAAUUACUGCUGCCUUGAUUACUGUAAAUAUUGUCUUGCUUGCUAGUGUUGUUGGUGUUCUCCUUUGGUAUUGUUUUUGUAGGGAAGAAGGGAAUAAUGAAGAGAAGAAAUAA